AUGAACAUCAGAAUUGACUCUUGCAUGCUCCACAGCCUGGAAAGACGUUUGGAAAGAAUUGAACAACAAGCGAAUUACAUUUCAGCUACCCUCAAACAAUUAAACGCCAAACUUAAUGAAUAUAUACGAAAUGAAGAGAACAGAAAUUGCGAAGAAAAGGCACGGAAGCCAUUAGAUCAUUCGCAUCACUUGUUACAAUCUUUACAACAUCAUCUAUGUGACGCAAUCACCUUUAGAGAAAAUCCAUCAGUUGAGAAAACUAACGAUCCACCAGUUGAGAAAGAUGAGAAUACAUUAUCAACAUGGAAUCAACCAACUCCAUCAAAACAAGAAAAAGAAUACAAGCCAAAGAACAAACCUCGCAAAACAAGAAGGACCACACAAGCUAAAAAACAAUCAUCCACCGACAAAGGCAAGCCAAAAAGAAAAACAAAGCAAAAGAACAAACUUCACGAUCAUACUAAUCAUGGACAAAAAGGCAAGAUACUAUAUUUGUAUUAUGAUGAUCAGUGCUAUCAACAAUUCGAUAAGAAACGUGUAAUGAAUCAUAAAUACACUCACAGCAUUAUCAUGAGAACCUACUCGAGGAAACAAACCAAUAUUGGGAGGAGAAUCUCUUCUGAACUAGCUCUUGAUGAUAACUCAAACGACUCUCAUUUCAAAACCACCAUGGAUGAUGAUAUUAGCAUUUCGGGAGAUGAUGAACAGCAAUCAAAGACGGAAGAUACAUCAAAAACAACCUCAUCACCAGCAAUGACCACUUCUACAAUGGCCGACGACAAUAGUUCGAGUAAUGAGCGAUCCUACGAGAAGAGGCCUCGAGUAUCCAAGAGAAAACAAAGAACAUCAACCACAUCAUCCAAACGAAAAUAUGAACCAACAUCGGAGGAAAGUGAAAGUAGCCAUGCAUCCGAUCAUGAAAGAAAAGCCUCCUCCGAAGAUGAGGAAUAUACAGAAAAGAAAAAGAAGAAGAAGAAAACCAGUAAAAAGAAAUCUUCUUCUCAAAAGAAAAAGAAACGACAAUCACCAACGAAUGCUCUUCAAGAAGAGUCCGAGGAAGAACAAGAUGAACAAUUGAAAGCCUAUCUCGAAAAAAGCAAACAAAUACUUUGCCCAAGUUGA